AUGGUGAGCUUUCAAACUCUCUCAUAUCUUCACGGCAUACCAGUCAUCCGUUCAUCAACUAAUAAACUUCACGAGAUGUAUGCCAAAGCUAAAGAUACAAGUGUACUCAUUCGGCUUCCAUGCCAUUUAGCCGAAACAGUUACUGAUAAAUCAUUAAAAAUUGCUUUUACAGUUGCUCAUCCCCUUCGCAAACCAUUAUGUGAACUUGUACAUGUAAUUGAUGAUUAUGCCGCCGAAAAACUUCGUCAAAUUGAAUCUAAAUAUCCUGCUAUCAAUACACCAACUGAAGAGUUUACGAAUACAUUCAACGAAAAAAUUGAAUCUGUUCGUCAUGUAAUGAAUUCAGUUAAGGAUACAACUACAUCAACAAUUCAACAUGGCAAAGAGACUUUUUUUCAUGUAGCAACAGCCACAGUACAUAAGGCACCUGAUGUAGCUGAUUCUGUCUUCUCAUUUUGUGAAACAUAUGUACCAGGAAUCCAACAUCUUAAUGCUGGCAAAACAACAGAGUUACGUGAACAUGCUUGUUCAACUGUUAGUUCAUUAUUUAAUUAUGCAUUUCAUUCGGCUGAAUCAUCAUUAAUAUGACAAUUUAAGGACAAAGGUCAAGCGAUCAGUCGCCACACAACACUUGGCACAUGGGAUCGUACUAAAGCAACAAAAAUUCUGGUACACGGAUUUCUUGAUACCAUCAAUAGUACUUGGUGGCCAGAAAUGAAAGAUGCCUUUCUCGAGGCUGAGGACUGCAAUGUCAUUCUAACUGAUUGGAGUCGGGCCAACUACUUUCCGUAUACGAAGGCAACAGCUAAUGCUCAGGUGGUUGGUGCAGACAUUGCUCUCCUAGUGAAUAAGAUGAUCAAAGAACACGGAGUUAAUCCGGCUGACUAUCAUAUCGUUGCUCAUAGUUUGGGAGCUGCUGUCGCAGGCUACGCCGGACAUCGUAUCAGUGGACUCGGACGUAUCACAGGUCUCGAUCCGGCCAGUCCGUUUUUUGAAAACACCGAUCCAAUCGUGCGUCUUGAUCCAAGUGAUGCAAAAUUUGUUGACAUCAUUCAUACAGAUGGGUCGCCCACCCUUCUUCUUGGCUUCGGCACUCUCACACAAGUGGGUGAUGUCGAUUUUUACCCAAAUGGAGGCAUGAACCAACCGUCAUGUGAUAAGACGUCAGCCAAACUUAUUCAUGCCAUUCUCAACUUGGGUCCACUUGACAUUUUCGGUCCUAUGGAUAUUCAAGGUUUCUUUAACACAACAAUGUGCAGCCACUUUGCUGCCGUUCAUCUAUUCAUCAAUUCGAUUCUCAAUCGGUGUGUCUAUCGAGGAUUUUCAUGCGAAAGUGAUGAAGCUUUUCGGAAAGGAGAAUGUACACUGAAUGCUAACGAAGGAAAUUUCAUGGGCUAUCAUGCAUCUCCAAAUAAAGCACGUGGACGACUCUAUCUCAAUACCCAGAGGGUGGACAAAGCUCCCUAUUGCAUUAAUCACUAUCAGAUUAGGUUGAUAUCGGGUUCAAAUUUUGUUCAAACCAAAGGUCAAAUUCUUCUAACACUCACCGGUAGUCAAGCUACGCAAAGUGUUCUCCUUGAUUCUGACGAGACAUUUUUGAAACGAAGCGGUAUUGAAACUCGUUAUAUUCCGCUCACAACCGAUUUGGGUACGAUUCAACGUGUCAACGUUAAGUUCGAACGUGCAGGUCAUUUGAUUUCUUCACUGAUCUAUUCGAGCAAAUGGACAUUCACAAAUGUGACUGUUAUUGAUGGCGAUCGACAGACCAGUGUGACAUUCUGUCCCGAGAACGGUGAAAUGGUACUUGAAUCUGGCAAUACUGCAAGAUUUUAUCCAUGCUAA